AGGGAUUUAAACCAAGAGUUUGAGGUAAAUGUUACUUAUUCGGAAAAUGCAAAAAGUUAAUGUUACUUUUUUGAAUAUGAUCAGAUUUUGCUGGCUAUUUUGCCGUUCUUGAAUUUCUCUUGCUUGGUUUGUGAGUAAACUUCGUUCCUUUUCUUUCGCCUCGCAUAAUUCAGUUUAACUCGGUAUACCUACAAAAAACAAAAAACUAAAAACAAAAAAGAUCCAAACGCUAGUUAUGAUAAAUAUUUGCAGAAUUUUACGUCUUAAAAUAUUUCUUGGGCAAUUUUUUUUUCUUGUUCGGAAAUAUUAGGUUAAAAAAAUGGCCUUCUCUUUUCGAAUAAGCAGUGGUUGUUAACAUUACAUCGAACAAAAAAUUCAGCUUAAGUAAGUGAAAAACGAUUAUGUUUCGAAUUCCUUUAAGACUUCUCUUACCUUCGACGCAUUAUCCAUUGCUAGGAAGUCAAUGUUGUUCAAUAGUUCGAGAUAGAAGCAAAUCAGAUUGUUUUAAACCCUAAGAUCACUGAGUGAGUAUACACUAACGACAUUUAGUUUGAGAUGUUUUUUUUUUUCAAUAUUCCGCAUGUACUUGGUGAAUGCAAUAAAAGGUGGAUUGCAUGAUAAGAACCGUGAAGAGGCAAACAAAACAAAACUUUUCCAUCGAUAGGUUUCAUGCAAUAUUUUCGUAACAAAAUGUUUUUUUAUGAGAGCAUUUUGGAGGAAUAUUUGUUUGAUGUUUUCAAUUUUUAUACGAUGAAACCAAUUGUAGAUAUUUUGGAGAGUCGCAAUAAUGGGGUAGGACUAUUUACUCUGGUAGUGAGAGAGAAAUUUAUUCUCAAAUUGUUUUUCGAAUUUUCUGCUAUCUUUCUUCAUCCGACUUCCAUCAACGAUAUUGGAUUGGUUAAUUAUUUUGGGCAAUAACAAGAUAUUGGGAUAAAACCACGAACGGUUUGAAACCUCAGAAAUUGAAAACGGUCUCAACAGCUGUAUUUGUUUAAGAUGAAAAUUGUCUUGACUACUGUGAUAAUGACAUAGCGGUUUUAGUUUUCUGCUUUGACAUUUUUUCCAAAGUAGUCACAGAAGCUUUAUCUCUUCUAGCCAAAUAGUUACCGUCGAAGCUUGAAGAAAUUCUUUAACAAUGUUAUCGAGAUAUUUCAGGUUCUUGUUUUGGAGGUUAGAAAUACAGGAACAGCUGUUAUGUAGCAUGGUAAUUGGGUAUCAUCUACAGUAAAUAAAGAACGUUGAAAAUGCAAUUUUAUUCCAUUUGAAAACGUGUGUGAAAAUUCACAGGGAACGGCUUUUUUCUGCUUACAAGAAAGAAGUUUGGUGAGCACACGUUGAGAUGACAAAGAGGCCCACAGUGUUGAAAAUAUACAUUCUUCCUUUAUUUUUUCGCCUUUGAACUUAUUUAAAAUGAAUUGCCUUAAAUUAUACCCCAUAUUGUAUUUCAAAUCAAUUUUUGUGCUCUCUUUCGCUUUUCAUACACGGUAGAUAAACACCCGAGAAACAAAGGAAUAAGUAUAUUUCCCACUCAAAAGAUUUACUGUUUUAAUAAACUCAAAAUUCAUUGUUUAUAAUUUUUUUCACAGUAAUAUCGAAAUCGUAAUGGAAUAUUUGUCUUAUUGACAAAACUAAAUCAACAAAACUCAGAAGAGUUAUGUGGACUUUAGUCUCAGCACAAUGAACAACUUGCAAAACGAAUAUGUACACUGUCGUCAAAAAACAGUUCGCUGGAUGCUCUAAGCACUUGGAUGAAAUAAACCAUCGAAGGUUACUGUCUGAGGAUUUUUUUUUUUUUUACGUCAUCGCAAAAAUAAAACGCCGACGCAUUGUUUUUAGAACCGCCGUGUUUGGCGCGCAGAACUAGAAACAAACACAGACCUGUAAAAAAGCCGACAUUUUCGCAGGCUCCCUAACGCGAAGGAUUGUCUAGACAAACAGGAAUGCUUUCACGGAAGCUCGAAAGUGGUAGUAAUAUAAAUAUUCAUUGAUUGAAAUUGCCUUCUCAUUUGUAGGUGACCAAACUUUUGCCAUGCUUCGGGUGACUACUUGCAUUUUUGUUGCUUUCAUCAGCUGCUACGUAAAGGGCCAGGAAGGUAUGUUGACAACAUUCUCAGGCUUUUUCCACACCAGUCCCUUUGUAGGGGCUCUGUCACGGCUCUCUGGUUCGUUUUAUUAUUAUGAUUGCGCGUCCCCUCUCGCUCUGAAACUUAACGUUAGCGAAUAAGUUGUAGUUAUAAAUGUCGACAGCUUCCUGUCAAUUAUACAAUUUUCAUACCAGUUAAGUAUUUUAUGUCCGAUUGACCGAAAUAAGAAAAAAUUAUCGUUGCCCUGAGAAUAUGAUGUGCAUGAACUUGAUAUAGGAACAUGUAUCAAAUGUUACACCAAACAAAUUCUUCAGUGUGUAUGUUUUAGUUUUCAGUUUUAGUUUUUUUUUUUAUCUCGGGUAAUUUUUGUUUUUCUUUUGUCUUUGGGUAUGGUAAUGUAUGCAAAUGAAGUUGAAACAAAAGAAAAAGAAAAAAUUAACUACAACUUAUAUAAGGAGUGUAACUGUUCAAUUUAGUCAAACAGGUUAUUAUGUACAAGGAUCGUAUUUGCAGGUUUGUACCUUUUCCUAGCUCAAGAACUCUCACUAUCAAAACGAGGCUAAGUGCCAAACAUUUCCUGUAAAAAUGAGAUUUGCAUAAGACUAAAACACCAUUUUCAUAUCAACAGUUUCUGCUACGCACUUAGCCUCGCUUUGAAAGAGAGGCUUGGGGCAUCCCGGAAAUAGCCUAUUGUGUGUGUUUGUUGUGCUCUAGGUUACUCCCUGGAGUUCCCUAAGCAAGGCGUUACCGAUUAUGUGAAUAUCUGGGGCAUGCGCAGUUUAACACAAUUUACGAUCUGCUUGUGGAUGAAGACAGCAACAGGAAACUCAGCACCAUUCAGCUAUGCGCCAACGAAAUCUCUAAACAAUGAGUUGAUUGUUUUCGCUCCAGAUGAUGUUCACCUGUAUAUUGGUAAUGACAGAAGGUAAGUAGGCAAUACUGUAUUUACUCGAAAGAGCACCACAUUUUUCCUCUAGCAAUGCAGCGUUUAUUGCCUGGUGGGGUAAAGGCCCAUCGCAUAUAUGGUCCAUAGCUAUUUAUACAACUUGGUAGUUUGAGGCACUAAGAGAGGGACACAAUGCAUUUCCAUUGCAGACACGCCCGAAUUUUACUUCUAAUUGUUUUAAACUGAAAAAAAAAAGGACAAUUAACGUCAGAAGGAAUUUUUGGCGCCGUUAAAUUAACUCGCUGGUAGGGUUAUGGGUCUUAAACACUUGGCUACGUCGGAAGGGGAGAGCAGUGCCAAUUCUUGCGUAAGGUUCAAAUUCUGCCGACCAAUCCCUUUCCCUUUCUCAAUAUAAGGAUGUAGCCUUAUUCCGUCAGAAGGUGAGAGCAAUGCCAAUUCUUGCAUAACUUUUAAAUUCUACCGACCAAUCCUUUUCGCCCUUAGUUACUGUAAAUUGUCUAUUUAUCUAUUCUAUUUAUAUAGUUGCUUUUCUGGACACCUGGACACAGGCCAACCCAAAGGGAAUGUGCACGAAAGGGACUUAGGUCCCAUGCGAGGUGCCAUCCCUACCCAAUCCCACAACCCGUUAAGGUUGGCCACCCCACCGGAUUCUCCUCGCCUACUCUUUUCGAAUAGUGAUGCGGGCUCAUUUACGUCCCACAAGAACAAAUGAGCGAAAGUGCUCUGAGACGGAACCUACGUUUUUUCGUCCUUUUCCGAGAAGACUAGAAAUUAGUCUAGCCAUUUGCAGAUGUCAUUACGGAGGCAGCACUUUCUUCUCAGUUAUUUAAAGAGCCUCGGUGUUGGUCUUGCUGGGGUUUGAACCCGCGACCUGUCGCUCGAUAGAUCGGCGCUCUUCCAACUGAGCUAACCAGGCGGCCGUAUUAUUAUUAUUAUUAUUAUUAUUACUAUUAUUAUCAUUAUCUAUUUAUUUACUUUAUUUUUUUUAAAUUCUUAUUCCAUAUUUCCGCAUAUUUGUAUAUUUGUAUUUUAUUUCUGAUUUUUUUACUGUUUGCCAUUUAGUUGUAAACUUUAUCUUGGGGUGCAAUGUCACUGAUCGUAAGAAUGUCACCUGAUCUUUGUCCCAGGUCAGUGGGCAUAGCUGCAGACGAUAACAAAUGGCAUCAGAUAUGUGUGACUUGGGAAAACAGUAAGGGCGAAUGGAAAAGCUACAAAGAUGGAGUGUUUGUGAAAUCAGGUGUAGACUUCAAGAAAGGUUACACCAUACAUGCUGAGGGUUCUCUGGUGCUUGGGCAAGAGCAGGACGAUGUCGGCGGAGGUUUCGACUCAAAACAGUCGUUUGUUGGGAGACUGGCAAAUGUUAAUGUGUGGUCGUAUGUGUUACCAGGUUCUACUAUCAAUGAAUUGUCAAAAUGCUGCAUGAUAGGGGAAGGGAAUGUUUACAAGUGGUAUGAUUUCUUGUAUGGAAUAAAAGGCAACGUACGUUUAAGGAUUCCAGCAGGAUGUCCUUGUACCUUCUAAGCUCACAAAAAGUGUUCGCAGCGAUAAAGAAAUAAUGAACGAAAUACUGUAGCAGUAGUGGUAACUUUCUAUUCAUAGUUUUAGUUGCUGGUGUGCUUAAGAAUUAGGGC